AACCUAAAACGUGAACAGACGACAAACUGAAACAAUAUGUCGACACCUGAGAAGAUGUAUGGCGACGAUUUGGCGCUUCUCAGCGACCUAACCGAGGACGCCCUCCUUCAGGAGCUUAAACAUCGAUAUGAAAGAAAUUUCAUUUAUACGUACCUAGGAGACAUUUUAGUGGCCAUCAAUCCAAACAGAAUGAUCCCCAUUUAUGGAGAGGAGGCCGGGAUUAGAUAUUCUAAAGCAAAGCAACUUCAGGAUUUACCUCCUCACAUAUAUGCUAUUGCCUGUAAAUCUUACCGAAAUCUGAUCUGGGGGAGGGUCAACCAAGCUAUCCUUGUCAGUGGUGAAUCUGGAGCAGGUAAAACUGAAAGCACAAAAAUGACAAUAGCACAGAUCGCUCGAAUGUCAAAAUCAGAUGAGCCUACCAAACUUGCAGAACAAAUUGUUGAGAUAAAUCCAUUACUGGAAGCAUUUGGAAACGCUAAAACAACCAUGAAUGACAACUCCAGUAGAUUUGGAAAGUUGAUUGAAGUUAUGUUCAACAAACAUGGCAAAAUAAUUGGAGCAAAAGUGACGGAGCACAUGUUAGAGAAAAGUCGCGUCGUACACAGUGGCUACGGGGAGAGGUCUUUCCAUGUAUUCUACUACAUGUUUGCCGGUUUGUCUGAGAAUGAGUUCAAUCGUUACUAUUUGAAUCGCCCUGAACAUUACAGGAUAACAGAUCCAGGACAUGCGCAGCCUGUUUUUAUGUCCCAAACAGAUUUUAACCAACAUCGAAGUGGAUUCGAAGAAUUAAAAGAAGUUAUGAAUGACACGGACUUCUCUUUUCAGACUGUUGACUUAAUAUUUGCAAUGAUGGCAGGUAUUCUUCAUCUGAACAACAUCGACUUUGCUGAAGAUCCAGAAUUUCAUCAGGUCAUAAUAGUUAAUGAGGACGAAGUUGAUUACAGUAGUCGGUUACUCUCCCUUCAAGCAGAAGAUUUAGCAACAGUUCUAUUGACGACAACAAACUUUGUCCGAGGUGAAAGGAUCGUUAAGAUGAAGUCUGUGACCGAAGCAAGUGACGGCAGGGACGCUCUUUGCAAGGCCCUGUACAGCCGACUUUUUAGUUGGAUUGUUAAAAGGAUUAAUUAUACUCUUCAGGCUGAAGAGAAUGGUCAACGGCCAGCAGAUGCUGGAGUGAUCAGUAUCCUGGACAUGGCUGGCUUUGAAAAUUUCCAAGUGAAUAGCUUUGAGCAGCUAUGCAUUAACAGUGCAAAUGAACAACUUCAGAACUUCUUUAACACGUAUAUAUUCUCCUGGGAACUGCAAGAAUAUCACUUGGAAGGCAUUAGGCAACCAAAAAUCAAGUUCACAAAUAAUAAUGAGAUUCUUGGGCUUUUCUUUAAUAGACCUGUUGGGCUAUUCGCUAUACUUGAAGAUGAAUGUAGAUUACAUACAUCAUCUUCAAUGUCAUUUGUCGAAAAGAUGAACAAAGAAUUUGCGAAACAUGAUGUCUAUAAGAAAUCCAAAUCAAGUGAUCCCGCAUUCACAAUCGCUCAUUAUGCAGGACAGGUUACAUACAGUGCAGUUGGCUUCAUUGAGAAAAACAGGGAAACACUUGGUAUUAAUUUUAUAAGCCUGAUGCAGAACAGUCAUAAUUGGUUAAUAAACGAUCUUUUUGAUGAUCGACCAGAUAGAGAAACAAGGGACAUUGAUAAACGAAACAGUGUCUGGACUGUGCCUGAGUGGGGGAAACCAAACAUGCCUACCCUAGGUCCAGGGGAGACGCUAUCCAAACGAGCAGGAAAGAAAGUCAAACAAAGGAUGAAUAAAGAUCGCCCUUUACCAGCUAUUCCUUCUGUCUCAGGUACUACAACUAGUGUUCAUUUCAAGCAAUCUUUAUCUUCCCUUAUGGAAAAUCUUAAGUCUUCCGAGCCCCAGUUUAUACGAUGUAUUAGGGCUAAUGCUGAGAAGCAGUUUGGCCUCUUCGACUCCAGGCUUGUUCAUAAACAACUUCGCAAUACAGGUGUGUUUGAGACAACAAGAAUACGAAAACUUGGAUUCCCAACACGUUUACAUAUGCAGGAUUUCAUUAAUAGAUAUAAAGCAAUAGCCUUCCCCGUCACUGAGCCUGUUGAGACAAACGCAGCUAACUGUGAAAAAAUUCUAAGAAAAGCACAACUCUACGAUUGUGAAAUUGGCAAAUCUAAAGUCUUUCUCAGAUACUGGCACGUAGAUCAUCUAAAUAUGUGCAUGGAAAAUUUUGUUUCCAAUCUUCGUACUAUUCAAACAAGAAUUCGCAUGUUUAUUGCCCGAAAAAAGUUCCUUGAUAUGAUGCAGUACAUAACAAGCUGCCAAGAUGAAGUGUUUAAGAUAGGGAAUCUGGUGGCUACAGCUGGAGAUCAACUCUAUCACAUUAUGGUUUCUACUGAUGAUUUAGACAAGAACCACUAUAGAAAGAGGUUGGAGGAAGAAGAAAAUAAAAGAAGGAGGCAAAGACAGUCUCAGAUCGGUAGAAGAGGACUACCUAGACAAUAUCAACACGACUUCUAUGACAGACCUGACUAUUACACUAUGGAGGAAAGUUAUUACAAUUACAACAGGCAGUCGGAAUACCAACAAAGGUCCCGAUAUGAGCCACACAGUAGAAGACGCCCUUUGUCCCAGAUAGCCGAGGAAUCCCUAACUCAUCUGUAUAAGAAAUGGCAUAGCGUUGAUCCCGAUGCUUGGUGUAAAAUUAUUUAUUUAGAGAGAGACAAAAUAGUUCAGAAGUUUUAUAUCCUUGAGAGAGAGGUCACAAUUGAUGGCAAGACUGGAUCCGAAUUUGACGGAGAACGAAUUAGUCUUUCGUAUAUCCGUAAUGUCGACAGAGAUGACGAAACAGCGAGCAUUUUGUCUUACGUCGGACAGGGAGUCAAACUCCGAAAGGAUAUGGAUGGUAGUAUAACGGCCACAAGACUCGGAAAAAACCCGGUUAUUGUUAAGGAUCACGACAACCCCGCAGAACAUUGCUUCUCCCUUGAAGUCCUGAACCAUGAAGGGAGACUUCCCCUCCAUGUUCCGGUCAAGAUAUUUGACAUGGAAGAAUUCAAAUGUCAGAUGGGAAUCCAAAUACAGCUUAAUGAUAGGAAUCCUGAUGAAAGAGUUCUCCGACAUCAAAGUGUCACGUGUAUCAGUUUGGUCAAAGAUGAGAAGGAGGCGGGAGCCACGCCAUGUUGGCUGCUUAUUAUAAAUCUGUGUGCUCUAAGGGCCAUUACUGACAAUACAGUAAUAACUCAUGUAGAACAAAGGCUGGUUGAAUUGGCAAACCGAACAGAAGAAGAACAGGAAAUAGAAUUAGAGAAGCAAGAAAAGAAUACGGAACUUGCCGCAAGGAACAGACAGAGACAAUGGUCCAAACUGAACCCCAGACAAGGUAUACAAAGUUCCGAGGCACCAUUAAGGAAAACGAAAAUAGACCUUUUGAAAAGAGGAAAGACUGUUGGUGGAAAUUUAAGCUACAGCUGGGAAAUUGAUGCUCGAAAUUCCCAAAAGCAUAUAAUAAAUUUAGAAGAUGUGCAUCAACGUUAUGAGGAACCCGAGUCUCAGAUUGGGGGUUUUGGAGGUUCUAGAAUGGGUUAUCCCGGAAGUGUCCUCAGCAGUGUAAUGUACCCAGGCACCGGAAGUUCUGUGAGGAAAGACUGGGCAAAGGUCAAGGUUGCAAUAAAACAAGAAAGAAGACUGGAUGAAGAACAACUGGAAGAACUGGCCGAGGAAGACGAAGAAUUAUAACAACACUUUUAACUAAAUUCUGUCUUCCAAUUAUGCAAUGGACAUGAAAUAAUUGGAAUGAAAAUAUAGCUAAUGGACGAUGGCUUAAUUCUUUGUUAAAUGAUAAAUGGACUUGGUUAUAAUAUCAUUACAAGACUAAAUAUAUUCUAACCUUCUAACCCAAUUCCUAUUUUUAAGAAAUAUUUUGGAAUAUAUAUGUUUACUUUUAAUAUUAUAUAAAUUUUUGUAAGUUUAUGCACAAAACUUUCAAAUAUUUCAAAAGAUCAUAUGAUCUCCGGAAUGCU